CUACUACUUUAUAAAUUCUCUCUCUCUCUCUCUCUCUCUCUCUCUCAAUAUAUAUAUAUAUAUAUACUGAAAAACAACUUUAAUUUGUAUAUUUAUAUGUACUAUAUAUAAAUACAUUGCUGUGGGUUUAUUGCUGAAAUCAAAUGGGAAGGUCUCCAUGUUGUGAGAAAGCUCAUACAAACAAAGGUGCAUGGACCAAAGAAGAAGAUGAUCGCCUCAUCGCUUAUAUCCGAGCCCACGGCGAGGGUUGUUGGCGUUCCCUUCCUAAAGCCGCUGGCCUCCUUCGUUGCGGAAAAAGCUGUCGGCUUCGGUGGAUCAACUAUUUAAGACCUGACCUUAAACGAGGCAAUUUCACUGAGGAUGAAGAUGAACUCAUUAUCAAGCUUCAUAGCCUUCUUGGUAAUAAGUGGUCACUUAUAGCUGCGAGAUUACCAGGACGAACAGAUAACGAGAUAAAGAACUACUGGAACACACAUAUAAGAAGGAAGCUAUUGAACCGAGGGGUCGAUCCCUUGACUCAUAAGCAACUCAAUGAAAGCACUGCACGUCAUGUUGCAAAUGCAAUAUGUUGCAAUGGCGUUAAUUAUGAAGGUAACAAAGAAGACAGCAAUUAUGAUAUUAAAAACCCUAAUGAAUACAUCCACAAAGAUGAUGAUGAUGAGAUGAAGAAAAUCCCAGACUUGAAUUUGGACUUGAGAAUCAGUCCCCCAACAGAGCCAAUCAUGAGCAGUAGCAUGAACAAAAGCAAGAGCAAGAGCAAGAACAAUGGUAAUGGUUAUGAUUUCUUGGGGUUGGAAUCUGGUUUCCUGGAUUUUAGAAGUUUGGAAAUGAAAUAAGAGGAAAUUUGGGUUUUCUUGUUCUUAAAAAAUUAGGUGGUAGAUGCAGAGAAAAAUGAGAAGGAUGUUCUAGUUUAUUACUAGCUUAAAAAUCUUUCUAAUUUUGUCUUUAUAUAUGGUUAAUGUAGCUGGAUUUCUUGAGGAGAAAUUAUGAAGUGAUGUUGGUUCGGACCGUUGGAUCUUUUAUUGAUUUGAUAUUAAUUUUAUGGGAUUUUUUUAAAA